AACGGUGGCAACUCUAUUAGAAAAAGAAAUGAUUCACAAAACUGUCGCUUAUUGUUUGCCGGCUGUUGUUUUGAAUCUUAAAUAGAUAGCCAAACAGCCAUGUCGAAUCCUGCUGAGGAAUGCAGGGAUGAGGACCUGCCCGCAAAUACGCUGGAGCACUUCACCGAACUGCAGCAGGUGCUGGAGAUGAUUGAAAACAUCAGGUCGAUCGGGGCUGGAACCUUUGAAAGGGAGUUCGAGCAAUACGCUCAGAUUUUGUCCAGAUAUCAGGAGCAACCGCAUCUGUUGGAUCCACAUUUGGAGACGUUGCUGGGCAAGCUGCUGCAGAAGAUCAGGCGGCAGGAUCUGGACACAGGAGAACGCCAUGCGGCCUUCAAGUACCUGUAUAUAAUUUGCAAAGUUCGCACCUAUAAAGUAUUGGUCAAAUUUAUGCCCCACGAACUGAGCGAUCUGGAGUUUGUCCUGGAUCUGCUGGGCCAGCAGGAUCCCAAGGAGUUCGAGCAGUGGGAAACGCGCUAUAUACUUCUCCUUUGGAUGUCCAUCCUGGUCCUAAAUCCCUUUCACAUGUCGAGAUUGGAUGCUUACGAAACUGCUCCCAAUCCCGCAGUUAAUUGCAGCCCUAUCAACCAUGUCCAGUCGAAAAGCACCAAGAUGGAACGCAUUUACGAGCUAAUCCAGUUGUAUGUGUCCAACAAUGACACCUGCAGCAACAUGGCUGCCUAUUUGGCCGCCAAGUAUUUCAUCCGUAGCGACAUCAAGGAUCUGUAUCUGGAGCGAUUCCUCGACUGGAUCAUGAAGCAGCACCAGGCGGAUACGGUGGAUGUCAAGUUCGGACAGUUGGCUGCAGUGGCAGCGAUUUUAAAGCACGGCAAAAGGGAGGAUCUUCUGCCCUACGCGGACAAACUUCUCCAGUGGAUCACCUCUUGUCAGUACAAGGAUGGCAAUGACUUUCUCAAGUACAAAAACUAUGUGAAAAUUGUACAGAGAAUCGGAUUGGUGCAUCUGAAGCCACGCAUUGCCAGCUGGCGGUAUAAAAGAGGCACCCGUUCACUGGCCACCAAUCUCACACAGGCUGCUGGUGCAGGAGGGGAAUCAGCUGCUUUGGAAGUAUCGCCAGAAGAAGGGGAGGAGAUCCUAGUGCCGGAUGCCAUCGAAGAGGUGAUUGAGGAGCUACUCCAAGCCCUGCGAAGCGGCGGAAACGAUAUACGUUGGAGUGCAGCUAAAGGAUUGGGUAGAGUCACCAAUCGACUGCCCAAGGAGCUGGCCGAUGAGGUUAUCGGCUCAGUGAUUGAUAUACUGAGCCCACUAGAGCCCCACGAAGCCUGGCACGGUGCCUGUUUGGCAUUGGCGGAAUUGGCUAAAAGGGGAUUGCUGCUGCCACAUCGAUUGGAGGAGUUGGUCCCUCUUCUUAUGCAGGCUCUCUUUUACGAUGAAAUGAAGGGUUACAUGUCCGUAGGACAGCACAUCCGUGAUUCUGCCUGCUAUAUGUGCUGGGCAUUUGCCAGGGCCUACAAUCCAGAAGACGUGAAGCCUUUUGUGCAAAAAAUCUCAUCUGGAUUGUUGAUUGUGGCCGUUUUUGAUCGAGAGGUAAACUGCAGACGAGCUGCCUCUGCCGCAUUCCAGGAAAGUGUUGGUCGCUUGGGAAACUUUCCCUUCGGCAUUGAGAUAUCCACCACCACGGACUUUUAUUCUGUGGGCAUUCGGCAGAAUUCCUAUUUGAACAUUAGUGACUAUAUUGCACAAUUUGAGGUGUACAGGGAACCGUUGAUUAAUCACCUGGUACAACAUAAAGUAAACCAUUGGGAUCCUGCCAUAAGGGAGUUGACGGCCAAAGCUCUGCAUAAGCUUUCACUAAAGGAACCAGAGUACAUGGCUGCGGUGGUGCUGCCACAACUGCUGGCUAAGACCGACACCAUAGAUAUAAACUGCCGACAUGGUUGCGUUUUGGCCAUGGGAGAAAUAAUUCUGGCCCUGCGUAACCUGGAGGAAAAGAGUGAUCCUCCUGUGACUUACCUAUCCAACCAGCGAAUUGUAGAGCUGAACGAACUGGUUAAGACGUUCCUAGAUAGAAACUGCUAUCGCGGAAUGAGCGGAGAAUUGAUGAAGUCCUGUACGACCAACUAUAUCAAGAACUGCAGUCUGGCCAAGCUGCAGGCGACGACCGAUUGUUUGGCUUCCUGGCAGAAGGUAAUAGACUCUUGUCUGGUGACUCAAUCAACCUCCAUUCGUGACUCUGCGGUAGAUGCAUUUGGCGAACUUAGUGCUACAUAUUACUGCUUAGACAUCAGACACCAGGAGAACGAAGACAUUAUCAAUUCCUAUUUGAAGGGAGCCGAGAACGAUUUAGAGGAGCAUAUACGCAUGGGAUACAUAGCUGCUUUGGGGGUGCUCCCAUCCUAUAUGAUCCGUCCUCAUCUGCCGGCUGUUUUGGAUAGCCUGGUGAAGCAUUCGUUGACUCCAUUGCAAGCUGUACUGAACAGUGAAAUGGGUGGCCGCGAAAAUAUUCAGACUAACAGGUGGAGCGAGGCUCGCACUGAAAGUGUUAGGGCCUUGCUUAAAGUUGUGAAAACGGUGGGAUAUACUGAUGAAAUCGAUUCGUUUGCCGAGCGUAAAAACUUUAACAAGGUUAUCGGAUGUCUUCUCAAAGCUUUGGAUGAAUACACCCUAGAUAAUCGUGGCGAUAUUGGAGCUUGGGUAAGGGAGGCGGCCAUGUCAUCGCUCUACGAGAUCGUGACUCAGUGCCCAUGUGAUCUCCUUGUCCCUGAGCAUGUUCACGAAAUUGUGGUAGGUUUCAUGCAGCAGGCUGUAGAGAAAAUUGAUCGCACACGAGGAUUAGGCGGUCGCCUUUGUUGCCAACUGAUUCAUCAUCAGCCUAGGAUACCAUAUGUACGAGAGCAUUUAAAACUUCUGGAAAUCUUUCCCGCGGAUGCAGAUUCCGUGCUUUGGCUAUUUGCCGAUCACACAUUCCCAAUGUUCUGUGAGCUGCUGGCUCUGCCAGAUUACUCUAAAAGAGUGCUUCUGGGCCUGAGUGCCAGCAUUGGUCAACUAACUGAAUCUCUGAUUAAGUAUGCCUCGAGUGCCUUAUUCCAAUUCUUGCGAUCAAAUCCAGAAACUGUGCCGCGCCUUUGUUCCGAGGUUGUUCAGAUCUUUGAGGAGCACCUGCUAAACGAGCGCGUGACCUACCCCAUGCUCAGUUUCCUGGAUAUACUCAUUGGAUCUGGCACUCUUGAAUCGGUGCUUCACGAUGAAGCAAACCCAUUUGCAGAGGAUAUCUUCAGGCUGUUAAACCUGGAGGUUAAGGGCUACAAGAAGCUGUAUAAGACCGCAACCAGCAUUAGUGCUUUUUGUCAGUUGCUGCAGGUUCCUCGCUUGUCCAAACGCAUACUCUCAAAACUUUCAGUAUUCCUUGGGCUGCAGCAUGUCCAUGUGCGCAAAACCGCUGCCACAAAAUUAUACGAAGCGCUGGCACUUCACGGCGAUGUCACUGAAGUUCCCGAGGAUAAUAUGGAUGAGAUCCUGACACUGCUGUCGGAAACGGAUUGGACCAUGCCGCUGGUGGAGGUGCGUCCGCUGAGAAACCAGUUGUGCCACCUUUUGGGGAUCAAGGCUCCUGUGAGCGGUGCAGUUGCAGCUGCUGCUUUGCAACAGGUAAAAGCAGAUAAAUGAAUUUUUAAAAUUACAAGCAUAUGAAUUUUCCCUUAUUUAUUUAAUGAUUAUUUUGCACAAAUAAACUGACUAUGCUU